AGGCCGAAAUCCUAGAAUCAGUGGCCAAUUUUGUUGAGAGAACUUUGCGACUGAUUUGUUUUGUUCUUUUUCUUUAAAUUCAAUUCCUGAUUGUAUAUAAUACCUUUUUCUCUGAUGAACUAUUGCGACCAUUUGCGCCAACCGACGCCGUUGCCUUGACUUUUCUGCGAAUUUCGGAACUUUUCGAAACACAUGAUUUCAUCCUCACGGGAUCGUCUUUACUUUGAUUGAGAACAUUCUACACCUUAACGAUCGGUUGUUCGGUCAGUUUGGAGACAUAAAUAUUGCGCCAUUGUCGACAACAGUGGUUCAUGGAAAGACCAUGAGAUCCGCUCUCCCUCGUCCGAUAACGACAGCGUUUCGCUCCCCGACAUCCUUACCACGUACUCGCAAUACGGCAUGGUCCCCGUUUUGUAGUCGAUGCUGGACAAAUGAGCGGGCAUACCAGACAUCAAUUCAGAGGAGCUUCCGCUCGACUCCCUCUCAGCGACUAGACGCGGCGCAAUUGAAGAAUGGGUCUAGCUCCAACGGCUCGAAAAGGAGUUCAAGAAGACGAACGGCUAUACGAUUUGCGGCCGCUGGAGGGACUGUAGGUGUGGCGGUAAUAGGGUUCUGGGACGAUAUAAAACAUGGCUAUGCGGCUGCGGAGAGAAGUGCUAGAGUUGCUACCACUCUUGCAAUCUGUAUCAAUGAUUACCGAACAACUCUCAACCAAACAAGUGGGACACCAAAAGAACAAGAAGAAUUGCUAAAAGCAUGCCACAAGCGCUGCGCAGAACGUACACUCGUCGUUCUCGAAAAGAAUGGAUCCAUAUUCAUCAAAUUAGGUCAACAUCUAAGCAGUAUGGGUUAUUUGCUUCCUCUAGAAUGGACGACGACUUUUAUCCCUUUACAAGACAAAUGCCCCGUGUCUUCCUUCGAGUCGGUACAGAAAAUGUUUCUUGCGGAUACGGGUAAACGCAUUGAUGAGGUAUUCUCAGAGUUCAGUCCUACACCUAUAGGCGCCGCAUCGCUUGCGCAAGUCCACGUCGCAACUCUACGGGAAACGGGUCAGAAAGUGGCUGUCAAAAUCCAACAUCCUGCAUUGGCUGAAUGGGUGCCACUGGAUUUGGCAUUGACUCGAUUUACGUUCUCUACACUGAAACGCUUCUUUCCGGAGUAUGACCUAGAAUGGCUCUCAAAUGAGAUGGAUCUGUCGUUACCAAUGGAGCUUGAUUUUAGGCAUGAAGCUGAGAAUGCGAUGCGGACAAAGGAGUAUUUUAAGCGACACUCUGAUGCGCCAUUGGUCAUUCCUCAAGUAAUGUCGGCCGAAAAAAGAAUUCUAGUCAUGGAUUUCAUUUCUGGCGCUCGUCCCGAUGACUUGGAAUUCCUCGAUAAGAGCGGAAUCGACCGCGACGAAGUAUCAGCCGCGUUUGCACACAUCUUCAACGAAAUGAUCUUCGGAGAUAAUGCGCCUCUACACUGCGACCCCCACGGCGGUAAUAUUGCCAUCCGAAAGAACGACAGCCGUCGCAAACCAAACUUUGACAUCAUCCUAUAUGACCACGGUCUAUACCGCGACAUUCCUCAGGACUUACGUCGGAGUUAUGCGAAACUGUGGCUCUCUGUCAUUGAAGGUGACGAGAAGAAGAUGCGCAAAUAUGCAUAUGAGGUAGCCGGAGUCACCGAUGAGCUGUUCCCCAUCUUUGCGAGCGCGAUCACUGGACGAGAUUUCACGGUUAUCUCUCAAAAUAAGAUUGUAUCGUCGCGGGAUAGUGAGCAGGAGAAGAGCAACGUUACCAGUGCCUUGAGUCAUGGCUUACUUCAGCAAUUGGUCGAUAUGCUCGGGCGAGUUCCUCGGAUUAUCCUGUUGAUUCUAAAGACGAAUGAUCUUACUCGAAGUCUCGACGAAAACCUACACACCCGUCAAGGUCCAGUGCGCACAUUCCUCAUCCUCGCCCGAUACGCCACUAGAACCGUAUUCGAAGAACAAAUGGAAUUCGUGUCUCAGAACGGCAGUCUCUUACGACCAAGCAAUCUGUUCCGCUUUCUAUCUGCUUUUACGGCAUACGUGCGCGUUGAAUUGAAGUUGUUGGCUUAUGAAAAGUGGCUUUCUGUGAAGAGUACGUUUGGCAUUGUAGCGUGAGCAUGAUAUAGUAUAUGAUGUGGUCUGGCUUUUGUAUAGAAUACUAUAGAUCUUGUUUCAGUGUUAACAUGUAAUACAGCGACGUGUGAGUUUACAUCUUGCCCUUCGUCGAGGACCAAGUAGGCGCUGCACACAAUACUCU